ACGAGAUGACCGGCUCGCCCAGUUCCAGGCGGUUGCUGUCUGUCUCUGUGUAAGUCUGUGUGUCUGGCUGUGUGUCUGUGUGUGAGAGUGAGUGUGUGUGUCUGUCUGUCUCUCUGCGUCUCUCUCUCUCCUCCGGCUUGGUGUGGGCUCGGCUAGGCUGAAGAAGGGGCGUAGUAGGCCCAGGCUGCCGAGGGUUCGUAAGCCGCAGGAGAGGACCGGCUACAAAGCUGGUGGUAAGUACCAUCACGUCUUGCCUAGAGGUUUAUUAGUAUGUUGAUGGCAUCCAGCUCCAUUAUCACCAUCAUCAUGGCUGGAUGAUGGUGCUGCCCACCCACGGGACUAUCUGGGCACCCCCUACGAUAAGCUUCUUAAUCGGCGUCCCUACCCUAGUGCUCUCCCACAUACAAUCAGCAUGCAAUGGUUUUUUUUUUUUUUUUUUUUUUUUUUUCUCUCCCCACCUCUCUUCCUCCUUGCACUCCACCUCCUCUUUCCCUUGUUCCAAGCGAAUUAUCCCGCCCGGCUAGCAUGAUUCGUCUCCAAUUUUCGAAUGAAUCCUGGUAGUGUUGCAGGUUUGUUGCCCGACAGGAUUUGCGCGUCUUUUCUUAGGUGGCUAGUCAACUAGACAGAAAACCUUGUUUCAGGAGAUUUCGAGAGAGAACGGGAAGGGUUGGCGUUGUCAUGCGUUUGCAGCCACUCGUUGCGAAUGCAGCAAGUUUAUAGGCCGCGUGCUGGUGUGUUUUGACGAAGAGAUACAGAGCGUAGUGGCUGAUAUCCGUUGAAACCUAUGGUUCAUGCAGCGGGGAUUCAAUCUGACCAACUUGCAGUCUUCUGAGCAGUAGCGUUGAUCCUUGAUAGCUUACUUUUAGAUGUGGAAGUGCAAUAGGAGUGCUGACUCAAACGCCAGACUCUUUUGCAAUUGUUCGGCCUAGGGCUGCACGUUCUGGUUAUUGACGAUCGUAGUUUCACGCUAUGUGUCAUGGUUGUUGAACCAGUUUGUUAAGUUGGAUAUCUCGCGUAGUAGUUAAUCCAGUAGGGUUGCGGUGGUGGUCACCGAGAAACCGAUGUUGUGAAGUGAAGAUCACUCAAACUGUUCUUGCUUAAGAGGUAAAUUGGUUAGGAUUGCGUCCUUGAGGACACGCUACGUCUGAUCCGUGAAGAGGAGGAUACUUGGACUGUGUUCACGUCGUUCAGGGUACGCAGGGAAUUUGAUCUCGUAAAACACGAAAUAUUAGUCUUCGAUCUGCAUCUCGAGGAAGAUCAGGGAGAUAUCUAGCUGAGGUGGGAUUUGGCAGUCAUGUUUCACUACAAAUCUGGACUGAUCACGCGCACCUCAGCAUUAGAACGUUAAUCGAUGGCCCAGUUUCACACGCUAAGCUCCGAAAGAUGUCCGCAGAAGAUUACGAAUGAUGUUGGAAGAUCAGGAACAUCUACGGAAAUCGUAUGCAUGCUCUGCAUGUGACGAGAAUCGGCAAUCCAAAGACCCAUGUGUAGACCUCGCUGCGCAGUUGUUCAAGCUUUUUGAUCAAUGAAGAGUUAUGUAAUGUUGAAACUACGAGUUAUGUCUUCGACUCAGUCCUUGCAGACAGGAGCACCGCAUCAAUCCUGCCAAAAGAUACGUGAGGGUCGUUACACGGAGGACGAUCCCAGCAGACCAAGCAUUAAUACUGAUGUGGAGUUGGAAACAAUUUAUGACAUUCUCUAUGGAGAGGAAGCUAUCACGUCUGGGUCGGACUUCGUGAGGUUAGUGAGGAUGUGGCAGGACCGUCGGGCGAAGGCAGGGACCUCCUUCCUUGUGCUGCAUUGUGUUCUGCUGGGGCAUGAAGCACAAAUGCUACGACAGAAGUUCAGCUUGAAGCGCAAUACAAGCGUACAGAUUGUUUACUCGGAUGUACGGGAAGGAGAUGGUGUAGCAGGAAGCGGCGUUAAUUUGGACACUUCCAUUUUUAAAGCCACGUGGAAAACAACCAUGAAAGAGAAAGUGAAGACAAUUAAGGAACCCAUAACUGUGUUUCUCGGAAACACGUUGCUGAAUGGGAUUCAUCUCAGCGAUUUCACUCUGGAUGACAUACUCAUAAUGUACGUUCCAACCAUAUUUGCUGAGUUUUAUGCACAUUCAUUAUCGGCAUUGAUGAACUCUCUCCAUACCUUCACGCCAUUCCUAGACGACAGUUCCCGAACAUCCAGCCGUGGAGGUAAAGUAAAAGCUCCAGCUCCAGUUUGUUGCUUAGAGAAUGCCGUCACGCACUCCCAGCGCAAGCGAAUGUCUGAGAGAGACCAGGCAUUAUAUGACAGUGCAAAUCUUGUGGCGAGCCAACUCUACAAUGGCAUAUCAUCUUACUUCGGGCCACAAGUGUGUCGCGACCUUGAGCAACGAUCGGCUGGACUUGGACACGAUCUAAGGAUAGGAUUAGAAGGUGAGACCGUGCCGUUUCAUAACCUUUACGUUGCCAGAGGUGGCGAGGUGCAAUUACGACGGGGCCUGGGCGAUAGCGCGGGGUUUGAAAUUGUUUGUUGGACUGCAUAUGGCUCCCCUGAGGGUGGAGAAUUUGUCAUACCUGGUCUUCUGUACAAGUUUGACACUGGUCAAGGUAGCACCAUCCUUUUCCGCCCGAAUCAUUACUACCACGCCACCCUUCUACCCGAGAACAGAGACAUUGUGAAUGAGAAAUUUGCAGUAGCUCUUGUAAGUUGAAGGAACCUAUUAGUGUGUAGUCUAGCCUGUGAUUUUAUAACUCAAAGAAGCGUAGCGGCCGAUCCUUGGCGAUGUAUGAUCUCGUACACCGAGGGUCUGUCGUAGUCGGUAGAGAUCCCUGUUUCAGUUUCAUAGUUAGAUCUUGUCAGUGAGAAAAAUGGUAGCGACACAUGUUGAAUGUCGUGGUCAGCGGUAGCGAUGUUUUGCUUAUUCAUUUACUUCUGCACUCUUCUGGCACUCCAAAAUAUUGAAGGUAAUGAUAAUUGGCAAAUAGUGUAUCGCUUCGCGUUUGAUGUUGGUGGUAAUAAUUCUUGCAACAACUCAGUUCUGCUUCAAUGUGAGUUGAGGCCACCGUGGGAGUUGCUUCAGGGUGACGCAAAUUCUUGCUUCAAGGACCUAUCUGCAGCACUGGCAAACUCCGAAGCUCCGGCAAUGCAUGCUUCGGAAUUCUCAGACGAGAAAUAGGUGGAGCCAGACAAGUUCACAGGCAAAUUCUAGCAAUCAGUGCUCGUCUCGAGUCUUGACUUGUACCUCUCCAUUCUCAAAUAGUAUCUCAAGACAUCAAGUGUGCGUAUUUCCCAUAACAGCGUUCCAGACUGAAAGAUCAACGCAAGUGUGUGUAUUCAUCAUCUUGUGAGAUACUCGAUGGCAAACUUCUCUCAAAGGAAAACCCGUGGAGAUUUGGAGACAGUCAUGCUUCCUGAGAGGUGCUUCAAGGCAACGUGAGAAUUCUACCCCUUCAGCUGCAACUGCCAAGUGCGUGCAGCGAAGAGGGGCAUGGAACUGAUUCCCAAGCAACCAAGAGUGCUGUUAGGAAGCGGCAAUGGUGGUGAAACCUGGAAACGUUGAGCAGCGACGACGGGGAUGGAUAGGUCCGAGGAAGAUGAGAGCGAUGGAGUUAAAACAGCGCGCAUCGGAGUAAGUAGUAAGGUGAAGAGAUUAUUAACUGGUGACGUGACUCCUCUCCUCUCCCUCCCUCCCUCCCUCCUUCAUCUCCCUUCCUCCUUGUUCGGGGGUCCUGAAUUCAAAAAACCCUGCAAGGUGGUGUCAGGUCCAUCCAUCCAUCCUGAAACUGCACAUCCCUUCAAACCGGCGUCGGGUCCUGUCACCUUGUCUCUCUCGUCACCGAUCCAGUGCAGUCCUUCCUGCAGCGGAACCCCCGCCCCCUGGCCCUAUGACCACAAAAAACCCAAAACCCGCGCGACUGUUUGUUAGUUUGUUAGUACCUGGUCGCCCUGUUUAUUAUACCGUGGGCUCCUGGUCAACAGGCUCUAUGGCCGUGAUGGUUUGACUCUGCAGUCCGACAAGCUGCUGCAGGCUGCAGCUCCAUGACUACUAGUCUGCGGUGCGGCUAUUUACCAUCCCCUGCAACAACUACAAAAAAAAAGUAAAAAGGGUAAAAAGUAAAUAAUCUACUUACUUGUGUUAUCCCUUCCUUUUACCCCAUGUGCUUUUGUAAAUGAAAUGUUAGUGUUACACCUAACAUAUCCAAGCAUUGUGGAUAUUUUCAAAAAGAAUAAAAAAGCAUGUAUCUCAAAAAAGUAAAAUUAAAGUAAAAGUAAUAGUAUCAUGUAAUUUCUCUGCUUUAAAAUGAUCAUGAUUACCAACCUUUUAA